ACAGGCAACAGCCUGUCUUCUUCUUCCUCUCUCUCGCCGGAGCCCCAAGAGGAACCCAAUCCCCAAAUCCCCAACCCCCCCUCCCUCUCCACCGCGCCUCCGCUCUUCUCUGCAGAAGCAACCGGCGACGAUGGACUACUUCCCCGACCGGCAGCACGUGCGGCUGCGCAGCCUCGAGCUCGGCACGUACCUCCACGCCGCCGCCGACGGGAUCGAGGUCGGCCUCCAUACUGACCGGGCGUCGGUGACCGCGGCGUGGACGGUGCACCGGUACCAGAACGAACACGACAACACGUACCUGCUCCUGCACAGCGCCGCCUCCGGCCGCUACCUCGCCGCCGCCACCAACACGCGGGCGCCGCGGGGCCAGAGCGGCUUCCGCGUCGAGCAGCGCGAGUUCGAUGAGCCGGAGGUGGCCUCCAUCAUGUGGCAGGUCAUCAGGCCCGGGAACUUCGUCCUGCUCCGCCACGUCGGCGCCAACUUCCUCCGCGCCAACGGGAGACGACGCUUCAGCUGGAACAGCGGCGUCACCGUCGACAAGUUCCAAAACAUGAGCACGAUGAUGCACUGGGUCGUGGAGCCUAUCCCGGCCCUUCAGGCUUAUCCUGGCGUUCCAGCUCCGAUUGCGGAACCCCUUUCCAGUCCCCAGUUCACGUGCAUACUGUUCGGGCGCGACCCGCCGCCGGUGCGGGCGAUCCGGUUCCAGCGGGCGAACGACGACGGGACGUUCAACGAGGACGGCUGGAGAGAGUUCCAGUUCACGGGCUCCUCCAGCUACCGCCUGUUGUACGAGCUGAUCAUCCGUCUGGACAUCGUCAACUUCGUCAUGUGCGUCCGAGCUGGCCGCUACGCGCGGCUCACCCCGUUGCUCUCCAACCUGCCAAGCGGCACCGGCAACACCCUCUACAUCGUCGCCAUCCACAACAUGACGCCAGGCGCAGAUGAGCUGCGCUUCCCGGACAUGGGCGCUGCGUAGAUGAGAUCAGCACAGGACUCCUGACAGCCGCCUCACAGUUCACCUUCUUCAGAAGUGUUGCAGCCUUGGACACGACAUCAUGAGAAUUCAGAACUUUUGCAUAGAGAUAUAGGUUCAGAAAAACUCAACAGCUCUUGUGUUUCUGCUAGCUAUAAACUUGAUCUGUUCUCCUGAUGGGAGGAACCUGUUUGUUUCGGCCUCGCUGUUCUAAAGUUCAGAACUGUUGAAAGGGUUAAGUAGAAUGGCUGAACAAAAUAUGCAGUGACAGUGAUUGUAAUGGCUGGCAACUACUUUUUGUUAGACAGAAAUCUGGCAACUACUUCAUUGUCCGUAGCUGCAUUUCUAUUAGACGAAGCUUCUGAUGUCAUAUUUGAUGUAGUGGUGCUUGUGAGUUGAUAGUAAAUUGUCACUUUGGUACUACUAA